UCCUCGGUGAGCUUUCGAAACCCUCAGUAUUCUUCCUGCACCCCCCCCCACUUCCGCUGGUGCCUUCCAGCUGGACACAAGCUCGUUCCUAAAAUAUGCAGAUGGAAGCUGUGGUAACCAUGGAGACAGGGCAGGUGGCACGGUGAGGCUGAGACAGUGAGAGAGACCCACAGCGACAGAUCUAGAGGAGAUAAGGAGCGACUCGGUCAGGGGACCUUGAAGUAAGAGAGGAUGAGAGCGAAGAGAUGCUAUAUAGAGGGUGUUACAAGGUUCACUCGUCUUCCUGUCCCUUCCUUAUCUCCUGUCAACCCCGCCCCCCGCUCCAAAUAUGGGAAAGAGGAAUCGGGGCAUGUUCCCUGCCCUAAAAAUGCCCCCGGGAUGUCCAACUUCCUCACCCCGAAGAGAGCAGCUCAGUAAGGGAGCUGAGGUCUUGGUGGCGUGGGUUCCGUCUGGGGAGCGGGGCACUGGGUGGGGGGGGGGCUGUCUAGCUCCCAGGCUGGGCUCCCCGGUCCCUGAAACUUAAAGGACAAGAAGGCAGUCACAUCUCUUGCCUCUUCCCUGCACAUGGACGCCGAUGCAGAUCCCAGUCGCCUCCUCACACCCCUCUCUGCACAAUGUUGCCACACGCCGCGUGCGGCAGUCAGGUCUGGCGCACAGGCGCGCAUCCACACAGGCGCGGAGAAUGGAGAGAGGGUUGAAGCUCAGCAAAGAACCUGGAUGCCCCCCUGAAUGGGUCUCGGAAGAGCCCCCUGAGGAACGCUUAGAGACUGGGCUAUAAAUAGCACAGCAGAGCUCCACCCCCCCUUCUCUCCUCCGGAGCCGGCGCUGUGCCCGAGGCGCACCGGGAGGAGGGACCAAGAUCCAGCGCCCAAGCGCAGAUACUGACACUAAGGGAAUCCGGGUGCCCCCCCACACACGCCAAGUGGGCCCCCGGGCUCCUCCACCCAGGAUGCUCCCAUGGCCCCAGCUUCAAUCCUGGCCAUGCAGAGAUUCUAUGGACAUUCAGGGCUAGGCUUCACCGCCGAGAUCUCGGCCUCUGCCAGCCACCACCCCCACACCCCUAAGUCCAUCUUUGGCAGGCCCCAGUGCCAGUGCUGUCGCCCCAGCCGCAGCUAUGCUGCACACCGAGGGCCACGCUCUUCUUCGCGCCGUGGGUCAGGGUAAGCUGCGCUUGGCCCGUUUGCUUCUGGAGGGAGGAGCCUACGUGAAUGAGGGUGAUGCCCAGGGGGAGACUGCGCUAAUGGCGGCCUGCAGGGCCCGCUACGACGACCCCCAGAACAAGGCGCGCAUGGUACGCUACCUCCUGGAGCAAGGCGCGGACCCCAACAUCGCAGACCGCUUAGGGCGCACGGCCCUCAUGCACGCUUGCGCCGGCGGUGGCGGAGCCGCAGUGGCCUCGCUGCUCCUGGCGCACGGCGCGGACCCCUCGGUCCGAGAUCACGCGGGCGCCUCGGCGCUCGUCCACGCCCUGGACCGCGGGGACCGCGAGACCCUCGCCACGCUGCUGGAUGCCUGCAAGGCCAAGGGUACGGAGGUCAUCAUCAUCACCACCGACACGUCACCCUCGGGCACCAAGAAGACCAGGCAGUAUCUCAAUUCUCCACCGUCCCCAGGGGUGGAGGAGCCCGCCCCCGUCCCUCCGAGCCCGGGGGUGUGCACGUCGCCAUCGGAAAUCCAACUGCAGGCCGCAGGAGGAACCGGACGGGCGUUGUUGUCCCCUCGAGCCCAGGAAGAAGAGGAGAAGAGGGACAUUUUUGAAUUCCCUCUUCCCAAGCCCCCCGAUGACCCGUCCCCUUCCGAGCCACUGUCCAAACCUCCUCGACAUCCCCCAAAGCCACUCAAAAGGCUCAACUCCGAGCCUUGGGGCCUAGUGGCUCCUCCCCAACCAGUCCCUCCUGCAGAAGGGAGGCCGGGGUUGGAACGCUUGACCGGCGACUUCAACGGCAUGACCCUGACCGGUCGACCCCGUCUGUCCCGGCGUCACAGCACCGAAGGCCCCGAGGAUCCGCCCCCGUGGGCGGAGAAAGUGACGGGCGGGGGUCCUCUCUCGCGCCGCAACACCGCGCCCGAGGCUCAGGAGUUCGGUCCCCCUGCCGGGCUGAGACAGAAACUGAGCCGCAUGGAGCCGGUGGAGCUCGACACCCCGGGACAUUUCUGCCCGGACUCUCCCGAGUCCAGCCGCCCUGGAGCCCUGGAGCGUCGGCGGUACAGCGCCUCCCCGCUGACCCUCCCUCUAGCGGGCUCUGCGCCCUCGCCUCGCCAGUCCCAGGAAAGCCUGCCCGGGGCCGUGUCUCCGCUGAGCGGACGCAGGCGGAGCCCGGGGCUGCUGGAGCGGAGAGGCUCGGGGACUUUGCUCCUGGACCACAUCUCGCAGACACGGCCGGGGUUCCUGCCCCCGCUUAACGUCAGCCCCCAUCCUCCCAUCCCAGACAUCCGCCCCCAGCCCGGAGGGCGGGCGCCUUCACUGCCGGCCCCUCCUCCCGCCGGGCCUCCAGGCUCUCCUAGGACCAAGCGCAAGUUGGUGAGACGUCACUCCAUGCAGACCGAACAGAUCCGUCUGCUAGGGGGUUUUCAGAGUCUGGGCGGGCCAGGGGAACCGGGACGCUGAGAGAAAUGAGGGGGAGCUCCCCUCCCUUCUCCUAAGCCUCCCAGACCCCUUGAUGAGACAGGCGGGAGAACCGUGCACACAGGGAUGGAUCUCUUGCAUGUGCUCACGGCGCUGUGCACGCACGCACACCGGUAAGCAUGUGUCCACAAGCACCGCAGACUUGCCAGUAAGGUGAGGGCACAACGCUGUCUUUACUCGGUGGACGCAUGCAUCCGUGACCCGGGUCAUUUUAUAGGAAUGUGGGAUUACUCGGGUACUCACGGGGACAGCAUACCCAUAAACGCACAGGAUCACUUGUGCAAGGGUCCCAGAUGCAUCUGCAUUUGUUCAGAAGUGGGACGCCCCCCCCCUUACUUCUGGGUGGUCUCCGGCAGAAGCUGUCCACGGAUGCCCUGCAACACAGCCAGCCUGCCAUGAUUUUGCACACUCUAUUCUCUCUUCACGAAUAUCUCACUCCAUCCUGCAAGUCUUGCUUCUUCUCUCCGUGCCUGGCUCCUAGUUCACACCCUGCUUCCAUCCCAUCCACUUUUCAGGACGUCUUCUUCACUUUCCUUGGGGUUCCUACAACUCCCAGACGCCGUUCUGCUCUCAACGUCACUUCUCAACUUUCUGCAUUUGAUUCCCACUCUGCCCUCCCCCAAAAACAAAAACAAAAACAAACAAAAACACAACACAGGUUGUCUUAUUUUCCUAAGAGGUGGGUCAUGGGCUCUAAGCUGCUCUUUUGUCUGUCUGAGCUUAUGAACCCCCCCCCCACACACACACACAGGUCAAAGUGGGGAGUAACCCUAAAUCACUCCUCUCUCCACUUGACAUGUCAAAUAAAUGUGUUCAGAAGUC